AUGUUAGCAAAUCAAUAUAUUAAUAACAGCAAUAGCGCAAGGAAGAAAAAAAAAAUUUACUUGGAUUAUAACCUUGUUUCUCCUACAUAUUAGAAUCAUGAGUUAUUUAAAAGCCCGCAUUUAUAUUCAGCUAGAAAUUCUACUCAUUAAAAAUUAUUGAAGUAAAGUUUAGGUCAUAAUGCUAAUUAAGCUCAUUCGUAUUCAUUAAAUAAUUCUCCAGAGAGGAGUAGAGAUUAGAAUGCUGCUUAGUAAUAAAUUGAUACAAAUUAUGAUACUAAUAGAUUAAGGAGAGCUCUUUAUGGAGUUAAUUUAGAAUAAGGCAUGCUUGUUGAUAGCAUUAAUGUUGAUAAAUACAAAAAAAGGAAGAAAUCCAUACCUACUGUUGAAUAAACUUCACAAUAUUAAAUAGAAUAAGCUUUAUAAUAUUAUUCUUAAUCUCAUUAACAGAGGUUAGGAUAAAAUUAGUAUUUAGGUAAUUAAGCGAGAUAAAGCAGGAUAAUUGGCAAUCCUUACAACCAGCCAAUUAAUUUAUCAGUUCAGGCAUCAUACAUAUCUGAUCAAAAUUACUUAAAUGGAAAUAAGUAAAGUUAUUCUUUAAAUAAAAGCUUAAAUUAAUCGAAUUCAGAUGGGAAAGGAGAGGAUACAGUAAACUUAACUAAUAGGCAGUAAAUUAGAAAUGUUUUUGGAAAGCAAGUAAACUAUAAAAAUAUGAAUUCUUAAAACAACUCUCAAAAUAAUAUAUCUCCUUUUGAGAUAAGCUAAGAUUAUAACAAGUCAUAAAAUCAAUACUUGCCAAUAACUAAAGCCUAAAAAAAUAAGAAUAAGUCUAAUAGCGUUUACUCUGCUGUAGAUAUAUUCCAAAAUGCUCAUGGGUAGAGCUCUGCAACAAGCUUUGCUCUAGAUUCUCCUUCUGAAAAAAAUCUAAAACCUAAUGAAUAGCAAAAGAAAUCUCAUUUGCAGCAAGAAAAAAAUUAAAAUUUAGGAAAUAUUAAUUGCUAUUCGAGUAACAAAACUAUUGAAAAAAUAUUCAAAUCUAGUAAAAACACAGAAAAAAAUUUAUCUUUAAUAAAGAAUCAGCUUAAUGGAAUUUCUAAUUUUUCUCUAGAGCCUAUCCAAUAGACAAAUAGAUAAAAGGAUAUGAGCUUAGAUUUGAUCCGAAACUCUUCCUUGAAUUAAUCACCUUCCCUCAGUCCUAAAAUUAAAUAUAAAAAAAACAGAUCUAUAGAGAAAAAUUAAGACAACCAGUAAAGCCCAAAAUCUAAAUUUGAGAAAUGUUUUUCUCUUGAAAAAAGUUAAGACAUCAAUGUUUCCUUACAGACUUUAGCAUAAAAUAGCUCAAUAGCUUAGCUGAUUUAAAGAGAAAAGCCACAUGCUCUAACACUACCUAAAUUAAAAGUUAUUGUAUUGGAUAUGGUUAACAACUAUGAAGACAUUGAUUAGAAAUUCAUUAAAAUAGAUAUUGAAAAAUAUUGGUUAAGUUUACUUAAUAAGUCUGUAAGGUUAAUAGCUGAUUAUGAACUUAUGACAAGACUGUAACCUUAUAUAAUAGAUAUAUUAUAAUCUGAUUACUAUCUCAAGUAUAGAACAAAUCAAUUAUCAGGUAAAUACCAGCUGAAAGAGAUUAGUAAAUGGAAUUUCCUCAAGGAAAUACAAAGCUAUGAAAAGUUAGAAAUUGCUCAAAAUAAGUUUUAUGAAUUUAUAAUUUAUUAUUUCAUACCUAGCUAAGACUAUAGAGAAUAGCUAAUCAAAGAUUUAACUUUAGCAAUCAAUCAAAAAAUAUAAAAAUAGUUUCCCUUUGCAGAAGAUAUAAAUACACUUAUGGAUAUAAAUGGAAAUAUAAUUAACGAUCUCUAUGAGUUCAAUAUUUCUUAAAAAGUAUUAUUAGCUGGUAAUCUAACCUCAUUAAUUACUCUUUACCCAUCUUUCUAAAAACACCUUCAAUAAUACAACAAAAAUGCAGAAAAAAUAUCCUUUAUCUAAGAAAGAAAAAAAAACUUUUAGUAGGCAUUUGUUGUUCUUGAAUCAUCUCCUUAAUUAAAUACUCUUAAUCCUGACUCACCUCAACAAAAUAAAAAAUAACUUAAAUUGCCACAAAUUCUUCGAUUACCUCCUAGUUUGACAACACAAGACUCUGUUUGUUCCCUUAAUUCUCCAUAAAAGAAAAGCUAAUUAGAUAGUUUGGAAGUUUAGAAAUUUAAUCAUAGGAGUACUCAGAAAAAAUUAGAAACAAGAAAUAUGAGCUUGAUUAGCAUUCCUGAAUUUAACUAUAAUUCAGGUGUUCAUGAAAAUGAUAAAAUAGAAUAAAAAGCAAGCCAGAUUGUAAUUUAAACUUAAAGGAAAAUAGUAAUUAAAAAAGAAUAAAAAAACUCUUUGUACUUAACUAAGGGCGACAUUUAAACUUACUUAAAAUAAUAUGAAAAGUUAUCUGAAAAAGAUAUUUUAAAUUUUCAUGCAGAAUUUAAAUAAUUAGUAUCUCUGAAUUCAGUCUAUGAAGAAAAAGCUAAUAUCGGAAUUAAUUCCAGAUUAAAAAAACCUUUUAGAGAUUAUUUGGUAUAUACUUAGAUAUUUUUUAGUAUGAAUCCAUCCUUUCAAGACAAAGAAAGAUAGUACUAAACAUAAAUAUUUGAAGCUUUGUAGAUAGAAAUUAAUAUUGGAGAUCAUUAACAUCCCACCCUUGGUUGGAAAGAUUUUCUUUUAAUAAAAACAUGUGUUGCAAAUUUGCUUACUCAUGAUUAAAAAAUUGGUUUUCUUCAAAGAUUCUUCAAUAAAUAUAACAUGAUUCAAAUAACGAAAUAAGAAUUUUAUCAUCUUUUAGCCUCUGCUAGAGGAAUUCCUUUUAAUGAAAGCUCAGAGAAGUUAAUCCUUCAUGGCUUUCAAGAAGAAAUAUGGAGUAAUUUGAAUGAGUUAUCUUUGAUAGAUAAAGAUAAUUUUCUAAUUUAAAAAUUUUUUUAUAGCAUAAAUCCAAAUUGUAGAUUGUUAAAUGAUUUAAUUUAGUGGAUGUUCUUGCAAUCUUACGAAUGA